AUGAGCAAUCCUCGCCAGCACCCGGGCCUGGCCUGCGAAGAGUGCCGCAGGCGAAAAGCAAGAUGCGACCGUGUUCGUCCCAAGUGCGGCAUCUGUGCUGAGGCUGGCCAUGAUUGCGUGAUUUUAGACAAGAGACCGCCACGGGGUCCCAAAAAGGGUCAGAUUCGGGAGCUACAGUCACGACUCGGCCCAAGCGGCCUCACACCGGCCUCGGUGGGGACGACAUUCUCCGAAAACGAGUGGUACAAGGCCGGCCUGAUUGGAAAUGAUCUGGAUUCACUCUACUUUGAAAGAGUACAUGCCAUCAUCCCCAUGAUCCACAGGAAGGGCUAUGCUGCAUGGGCGGCGGGUGACGAAGGCCUCUCGCCCGCCCGGGCUUGUCUGCGUUCGGCCAUGCGAACUCUUGCCGCAGCCACGUCGGCGGGAUACCGUGCCAUGGGCGACGGGAUGUACAACACAACGCGCCGGAUGCUCGAGUCGCUCGAUGUCCACGAUGAUAACCACCUUCCUUGGUUGAGGAGAUCAAGUCAGGCGCCCGGGAACACGCGCCCGGAAAUCGAGCACGAGUGCAUCCAGGCCUGGCUUCUCUUAGCUUACUAUGACUUCAUGCACAAAUCUGAGAGCCAGGCGCUCCUGACCGCUGGACGCGCGUUCCGGCUGCUGCAGUUGUCCGGGCUUUUUAGCUUAGACCCGGUGCAUGAUGCGAGCAGUGAUCGAGCCAUAACGGCCAACGAGGCCGUCUUUGCUCACCAGCCCGGGACGCCGGAUGGUUCUUGGAGGGAGACGGAAGAAAAGAGGCGGACCCUCUGGGCUGCCUUCAUUCUUGAUCGGCUUUCUGGUAUGCUUAGUGAUCGACCCUGGGCGCUGCACGAAGAAUUGGUAGGUCCCGUCCCUUGGUUUUCCGCGGAAAGGGCUCUCGUUCUUGGGUACUAUGUGCAUAAGGAGAUAAGUGACCGACUUACACGUAGGUACUUGUCCAUCCAUAAGAUCAACACGCGUCUUCCCAUACCCGAGGCGGACUUCCAGACCGGCCAGCAACCCCCUCUGAUGGGCUUUCUCUUGGACGUUAUGGGCGAGACGUGCCCUACCGACGGCAACACCGGCACAACCGGCUGCGACACGCUAUCCCCAUUUGCCGAAUGCGUCAUCCUGGCGAGCCUCUGCGGACAUAGCGUGGCACACCGGCAGCUCGUGAAGUCCAGCACCUUUGCCGACCGCACCCCUGAGUCGCAAGUCUUUUGGAGGCGCCACGAGCGCCUUGCCGCGGCAACGAGGACGCGCGUCGAGGAGCAUACCCGGAGGAUUAACGAGGCCGCGAGCCGUGGCGUUGCGACGCCAAAGUGUGACCCGAUGUGGGCCUUCAACCGCGUUUUGGCCUGCGGCGCGUCCGUCGCCAUCAGCGACACGGCCGAGGCCAAUCCGUGGCAGACCUUCGAGGAUUCAACCACGGCCAUGGCGUCCACACAGCUCUCAUACCAAAGUGUUGCCGAGGUGGUCCUUUACCUGCAGAACGUGCCGCGGCUUGCGUUCCCAAAGCUAGAGACAGACAUCGCGGAAAGACAUGUCGCAUGA